AUGAGCAGCACAACGGUCAUCCUGGGUUCAGGUAUUAUAGGCCUUUCAAUCGCUCAUUAUCUUGCAGAUCAUCAGCCCGGGUCGACAAUUCAUCUUGUUGAACCCUCACAGGAGCUCUUCGCCUCAGCUUCGGGAUACGCAGGGGGGUUUCUGGCGCGGGACUGGUUCUCGCCCAAGUCCGCUUCCCUUGGAGCAUUAAGCUUCGAUGAGCAUACGAAACUCGCGGAGGAGCAUAACGGGAGAGAGAAUUGGGGGUGGUCUGCCAGCACAACAUACAGUCACUCGGCGGCACCCAUCAAAAAGGCGAAAAAGGGCGAUGAUAAAUGGCUGAGCCAGGGUGGCAGCCGCGCAGAGGUCGUCGAAGCCGUCGAAUCGCCUGGGAAUGGCCCUUCAUGGCUGCGACGUGCGGCGGGCGAUGAUGUACAAGUGAUUGGAGAUUCAGAUACCACAGGCCAAGUGGAUCCUCUCCGUCUCUGCAACUUUCUCCUCGAGAGCUGCAAGUCGCAAGGCGUGCACCUCCACCACCCGGCCACCGCGCUCUCCGUCGGCAAUGACCUCAGGGGCGAGCUCUCGAGGGUGCGAAUUGGUGAGACCAACUCUUCCACCGAGACCGACGUGCCCUGCACCCGUCUCGUCAUCGCCGCGGGUGCCUGGUCGCCCCGCGUCUUCUCCCAGCUCUUCCCCGGCGCAUCCAUCGAGCUGCCCAUCAGCAGUCUCGCAGGGCACUCGCUCGUCGUUAAGCCCCCGGGCAAAGACACGAAGCAAACAGGCUGUCACGCCAUCUUCAGCACCGACGGCGACGGCUUCUCACCCGAACUCUUUUCACGCGUAGGCGGACACGUCUAUCUCGCCGGCGUCAACUCCCCCGGGCUCACUCUGCCGUCCCUCCCAGGACAAACGCCCAUCUCGGCGGCCGCGAUAGCCCAGCUGAAGCAGACGGCGGAGCGGAUCAUUAACGUGAAUAAAGACGAGUUAGAAGUUGUCCGGCAGGGGCUAUGUUUCCGGCCCGUCACGACGUCCGGAGCACCAAUCCUCUCCCGCAUUCCGGAUUCCCGGCUCGGAAGUGGAGUCUCGACGCGCGCCGGGGCCGAAGGCGGCGUGUUUGUCGCGGCCGGACACGGGCCCUGGGGCAUCAGCCUGAGUCUCGGGACGGGAAAGGUGAUGGCGGAGAUGAUACAGGGGCGGAAGCUGAGCGCCGACAUAUCUCGGCUCGCACUUACGUGA